AACAACACCGGGUUCUGCUACAAAGCAUCCUCGGUCAGCCUGGCAAUAGUCUGAUGCCGCACAUUCGCUUGCGAUACUACGAAGGAGAGAUACAAUGAAGGAGCCCAGCAAGUCCUGGAAGGAUCAGCCGCGGAGACGCUGCUGCUGCUGCUGCAGUACUGAGGCUGUGCUUCCUCUCUGCUGAAUAAAUAUAGAAGUGUUGUGACUCUGUGUAUGUGUGUGUGUAUGGGGAGUGUCUUCUCGGACUGCCUGCCCUACUGUGUGCGCGCAUCUAUAUAUACAGUAUGCCAGUGUGCAUCUGAGCAACGGCUAGUAUUCCAAUCCCUGUAAGAGGAAGGAGGACCAGGCUGCAGCAUCAGCAGCAUCCCUGCUCCCAUCCUUGCUUUCCUCAUCGCUAUCCUAAUCUGCUUCCACAUGACCAUCUGGGGAUUCUCCUGCUAAAAUACACAUCGUUUCUGACCUGCAUGUUUUAUCUACAGUCACUGCUAUAGAUCUUCCCCUAUUUCUAACCAUGAUCUUCAGCAAAGAUACCGCAAGUUUGUUACUUGAAUGCUGAAGACUGACACGGGCUUAGACACUGAGUUCAGGGUCUAGGAGGAAAGGGGGGUGGGUUCUGUUAUUCUUUAAAAGGGAAGCCCUGAGCCACCCCACCCUCACCUUCAAGAGCACCCUACACCAUUGCCCUCUUACCGAGCCCAAGGAGGAAGGCAGAGGGAGAAGUUGCUGUACUAACCCUGUAGGAUCUGGAGUUAAUCCUGGGAACGUUGAAAAGCCAUGGUUUGGAUUUACAGAGCCAUGGGCGCUGCUCUUGUCCUGGGGAUUUUGAGCUGCCUCUGCUGCAGAGCCUGGACUGCCACCCCUGAUUACCAAAAAUGUGAUGAGCCUCUGGUCGCUGGACUUCAGUCGCAAUCCUUUAGAAGUUCGUCAAUAAUGUCUGGUAUUUAUGCUCCAGUAUAUGCUAAACUCAACAGGAGGGAAGGUGACGGUGGCUGGUCACCAUUGGACAGUGACCACUAUCAGUGGUUGCAGGUGGAUUUUGAAAGCAGGAAACAGAUACGAGCAAUCGCUACUCAAGGAAGAUACAGCAGUUCUGAUUGGGUAUCCCAAUACCGCUUGCUUUACAGUGACACUGGUAGAAAUUGGAAACCAUAUCAUCAGGAUGGAAAUAUAUGGGCAUUUCCUGGAAAUGUUAACUCCGACACCGUUGUCCGACAUGACUUACGACAUCCCAUAGUUGCUCGCUAUGUACGCAUUGUUCCGCUGGACUGGAAUGGAGAAGGGCAAAUUGGACUAAGAGUUGAACUCUAUGGCUGCCCAUACUGGGCUGACGUAAUCAAUUUUGAUGGCAACACUGUGUUAUCCUAUCAGUUCAAGGACAGGAAAAUGGCAACAGAAAAAGAUGUCAUCUCCCUGAAAUUCAAAAGCUCUUCAAGCGAAGGAGUCCUCUUUCAUGGAGAAGGACAACAAGGAGAUUACAUCACCCUAGAGCUGAAGAAAUCAAAGCUGGUGUUACAGCUAAACCUAGGCAGCAACCAAUAUGGAAAUAUAUAUGGCCACACCACAGUGACUACAGGAAGCCUCCUAGAUGACCAUCAUUGGCACUCUGUUAUAAUAGAUCGUUACAAGAAACAUAUUAACCUAACACUCGACAACCAUAUACAGCAUUUUAAAACCAAUGGAGAAUUUGAUAAGUUAGACCUUGAUUUUGAGCUAACCUUUGGAGGAAUGCCUUCAACUGGAAAGCCAACUUCAAGUAACAGAAGAAAUUUCAAGGGUUGUAUGGAAAGCAUUAAGUACAAUGCACUGAAUAUCACUGACCUCGCCCGGAGAAAGAAGAUGAAUUCAUAUAAUGUGGACAAUUUAAGUUUCACCUGUGUUGAAUCACAUGCAGUUCCCGUCUUCUUUAAUGCUAGCAGCUACUUAGAAGUCCAUGGACGAGCAGCUGAAGAUUUAUUAUCAGUGAGCUUUCACUUCCGCACCUGGAAUCCAAAUGGACUUCUGCUCUUCACUAGUUUUGCAGAUGAAAUUGGAAAUGUGGAAAUAGACUUAAUAGAAGGCAAAAUCAGCAUCCACAUCAACAUGACAAAGUCUAAGAAAAACCGCAUUGAUAUUUCUUCCGGUUCUGGCCUCAAUGACGGACAAUGGCACGAAGUACGGUUUACAGCUGAAGAGAACGCUGCUAUGUUAACGAUUGAUGGGGAUGAAGCUUCAUCUGUUAAAACAAAUAGUCCUCUCCAAUUCCGAACUGGAAGUCAGUAUUUUUUUGGAGGUUUCUACUACAAGUCAAACAACUCUGAUCACCCCAUGUUCAAGAAUUCCUUUCAAGGGUGCAUGCAGCUCAUCCACGUGGAUAACCAGCUGGUUGACCUUCACGCCAUAGAGCAAGGGAAGCAAGGGAGCUUUGCAAACAUCAGCAUUGACAUGUGUGCAAUCAUUGACAGAUGCGUCCCCAGUAAUUGUGAACACGGAGGCAAAUGCACCCAAACGUGGGACACCAUCACAUGCAGCUGUGAGGGAACUGGGUACACUGGUGCCACCUGCCACACUUCAAUGUAUGAACUGUCCUGCGAAGUCUAUCGACAUCUGGGGAAUACAUCAGGCUGGUAUUGGAUUGAUCCCGAUGGCAGUGGUCCACAAGGGCCAAUGAAAGUUUACUGCAACAUGACAGAGGAUAAAGUAUGGACAACCUUAUAUCAUGAUCUUCUACCUCAAACUCUAUUAGCUGGACCAAGCAAGGAUAAGCGAGUUGUGCUACAGCUGAAUUACAGUGCAACCAUGGAUCAGAUCUCUGCCAUCACUACCAGUGCUGAGAAAUGUGAGCAGUAUGUUUCGUACUCCUGCAAGAUGUCAAGACUGCUGAACACACCAGAUGGACACCCAUACACAUGGUGGGUUGGCAGAGGAAACGAGAAGCAUUACUACUGGGGAGAUUCUGGUCCUGGGAUUCAGAAAUGUUCCUGUGGAAUUGAAAGAAAUUGCAGUGACAGCAGGUUCUACUGUAACUGUGAUGCAGACCAAAAGCAAUGGAGGAAGGAUGAUGGUAUCUUGUCCUACAAAGACCACCUGCCAGUAACACAAGUCGUGAUUGGAGAUACAUUUCGUUCUUCAUCAGAGGCCAAGUUGUCUGUUGACCCUCUGCGCUGCUAUGGAGACAAAAACUAUUGGAAUGCAGUCUCCUUUAUCGCACCCAAUUCCUUCCUCCACUUCCCUACUUUCCAAGGUGAAACCAGUGCUGACAUCUCCUUUUACUUCAAGACGUCUGCCCCUGAUGGAGUAUUUGUAGAAAAUAGAGGAAAUACAGAUUUUAUCAAGAUAGAAUUAAAAUCGAACACGGAGGUGUCAUUUUCAUUUGAUGUUGGCAAUGGUCCAGUAGAGCUGAUUGUUACUUCAACCACUCCGCUGAAUGAUGACCAGUGGCACCGGGUCAGAGCUGAGAGGAAUAUUAAGGAAUCCAGAUUACAGGUUGACCAACUCCAACCACAGAUACGCAAAGCACCUACUCAUGGCCACACACGUCUAGAGCUCACCAGCCAGUUCUAUGUUGGUGCUGCUGGAGAUCAGAAAGGAUUCCUGGGCUGCAUCCGUUCUUUAAGAGUGAAUGGCGUUCCAUUAGAUUUGGAAGAGAGAGCAAAGGCUACCCAAGGUGUGAAGCCCGGCUGUUCAGGACACUGUACCAGCUACAAAAAUCUCUGCAAAAAUGGUGGCACAUGUAACGAACUCUACAAAGGUUACACAUGUGACUGCUCUAGGACUGCAUAUGAUGGAAACAACUGUAUAAAUGCUGUUGGUGGUUAUUUUGAGGAAGGAACAUGGCUGAAAUAUAAUUUCCAUACAGCAUCUACUUCAGCAUCAGUCAGCCUGAAAGACACAUUCAGUAUCCCACAGACUUCUGCUUCAGAUAUUUCCUUAGCAAAAGAGGAAUUGCUUUUCAGCUUCAGUACCACCAAAUCACCGUGUAUCCUUGUGUACGUCAGCUCCUAUUCCCAGGACUACCUGGCCGUGCUCCUGAAGCCACCAGGUAUCUUACAAAUUCGGUAUAAUUUGGGAGGCACCAAAGAGCCAUACAUAAUAGAUAUCACUGAUCACAAAAAUAUGGCUAAUAGCCAGCCACACAACGUUAAUAUCACCAGGGUUGGAAGAAGCAUUAUUUUCCAGCUUGAUCAUUAUCCUCCAGCAACGUACAGUCUCCCAUCUUCAUCUGAGACACAGUUUAAUGGGCCAAAGACCCUUUUCCUUGGAAGAGUGUUAGAGACCGGGACGAUAGACCAGGAUAUUCAGUCAUAUAACACCCCAGGCUUCAGUGGCUGCCUGUCCAGAGUCCAGUUCAACCUCAUCGCCCCACUCAAGCUCGCCUUAAGGUCCCGAAAUAAUUCGCAGGUGCAAGUAGUAGGAGAGCUAGUGGAAUCGAACUGUGGUGCAUCACCGCUGACUAUCCCUCAAAUGGAAUCUGCCAAUAAUCCCUGGCAUCUAAACUCAGAAACUGCUAAUUUCCCAAACAAUGAAGGACAAGCCAUGAAAGAUGGGGUGAAUAGGAAUUCCGCAAUCAUUGGAGGAAUCAUUGCAGUGGUGAUCUUCACUAUACUCUGCACUUUGGUGUUUUUGAUACGCUACAUGUUCCGCCACAAAGGAACCUACCACACAAAUGAAGCCAAGGGAGCUGAAUCUGCUGACAAUGCUGAUGCAGCCAUUAUAAACAACGACCCCAACUUCACUGAGACCAUUGAUGAAAGUAAAAAGGAAUGGCUUAUCUAAGAGCAAUCAAUUUGAUAGCAAGAGAAUGGUUUCUGGUGUGUUGGGAAGGACUGUGUCUCACCAGUUCUGGGCUUCUGACUUCUCCUCGCAAGAUCAGCACAGCCCCAUAGGGCCACACAAUACACCCACAAAGUUACAAAUCAUAAACUUUGAUAAAGGCAUUUGAAAGUACUUUUUUUGUUGACGUAUACAGUUGGGGUUUGCGCCUUCUGUAUUUCCCUAAGAAAAACAAAAUAUCAGCUUUUAGAGUUUCAGCAUUGGUUUGGAUUUGUCAGUAAUAUCUGUAUUUUGUGUGUGUGUGUUUAGAGGCAAUCUAAAUACUAAAUCAAGAGACGGGGCCAGUUUUAUAAAGUUUUAUAAGCCCUGAGAAUAAUAACUUAAAGAAUCCAACGUAUAUACACAGAUGGUUACAUAUAAACCUGUGAAAGUGUUUAUAUUUAAUCCAACACACACAACAAGUACUUGUCCUAAAUUUCAUCUUCUUACUUUCUCCUUUAUAUAACAAAAUACUUUUCAUUGCAUGCGUUAGCACUGCAGUAAUUCAGAAUGGUUAAGGGUGGAGCAUUAUCAUGCCAAUAAAGAAUGUAUCUGCCAUUUUUGUUGCUAUACUAUUAUGGUAUUAGGCUUAGGGAUAGGCAACCGGUGUCCUUACCAUGCUCCCAUACCUGGAGUCAAUGGCCGCUGGAAAGACACGCGUUGCCUAACCCUUUAUGGGGAAAUCUUGGCAUAACAAGAAUAAUUUGAAUGGUAUACAUUGCAAACUUAAAUAUACUUAAAUAUAUUGCACCUUUUCUGAUACAA